ACACAGAAGACAGAGACAGAAUGGACAUCAAGCAGAUCUUCCUCUUUGGGCUCCUCCUGGCCCCCAUUUGGUCAUUCAGGAGCAGGCGCUGCCUCCCUGAGCAGGAUCUGAGGGAGGCAGCAAAGAAAAAGCUGAAGGAAAGAUUCUUCCUGGAGGCUUCAGGGAAGCAGCUGGAGCAGCAGCUGGACUCCACAUACUCCUGUCCCCUGAAGAUGUUCUCGCAGCGGCCCCCCACACACCUGAAUGGCAGGUCUCUGUCCCCCUGGAGAUACGUGUCUGAAACGAUAGAGGAUCACUUUCCCUCCACCUAUUCCAGGGCUCAGUGUCUGUGCACUGGAUGUGUGUUGAUCCAGAACUCCAGUUUGGUGGAGAGCCACGACUACAACUCAGCAUAUAUAGUACAGAGCAAGAUGUUUCUGAAGAAGGAGCUCUGCAAGGACAAGAAGACGUACCGUCUGAUGCCCGUCAGAAAGGAUGUACCUGUGGGCUGCACCUGCACCAGAGCCAACAGCACCCCCUAGAAGGAUCCCUGCAGAGCAGCUGACACUGCAGUGCACGUUGUGUUUGUUUUAAAAUGCAACCAGUUCCAGAGGGUCAGCCUCGGCUGCAGGGGCUGAGGUGAGGAGAGGGAACGUCUCCAGCUGCUCUCUGACCGAUCACUUCAAAAGUCAAAGGUCACACCUGCAUGAACGUAUAGGCUUAUUUAUUGUCAUGUCUGACAUGAGGCACCUAAAAAAAAAUUUGUAGGUCUUUUUAGGCCGUUAGAUUUUACCCUGACUUGUUUACAGCUAUGCCUCGUGCAGCUAAUGUAAAGGUGAUAUAAUGCAUAAAGUACUUCUUUUCAUAUUGAUGGGCUUUCAUCAGAGAAAAUAGCUAUUGUAUAGUUUUCUAUUUUCAUAAUUUAACUAAUAAUAUUUAAAGGACUAUCUAUUUAUUGGAGUUUUUUUCAUGUGAAAGCUUAUGAAGCUUUUGAAUGCCUACUAAGUUAUUGAAUGGAUGAGGUUAAUCUUAUAUUUAUUAAUGUUGCAUAUCUUGUAGAUUUUGUCCCAGUGGGACAUAAGUCUGAU